AUGCCGCCAGAGGUCAUUGACCUCCUUUCAUCGACCCCCCCGCCUCCCACAAACCCCCGCGAGCCUUCCUCCAUCAGACGAUUUCGCUCUAGCCCACCUGCACCCGCCGAUGCACUCUCAAUCCCGCUCUUGUCGGACGACAUUGACCUUGACCUUGCGCAAUUUAUCAAUGAUGGUGCAGACGACCUUGAUAACCCGCCUAAACGGAGACGGUUAACCCCGGAGAUUGACACAGCGACCAAGUCACCUCGCGGUAAUGACAAUUUACUGCCCCCGCGGAACCGGAGUCAUUUCGUUUUCUCCGAUGAGAUUGUGCCCUCUUCCGAUGGACCUUCAAAUGCACAGUCUAAGCGGCCGGCCUUCACGCUAGACUCCGAUCCGAUUGUUUUCACGUCUUCUGCCCCCGAACUGGCUGGACGGAAUGCGUCCCCGGAGAAAAGGGAUAACCAACAAGCUACUACGAAGUCGAGGGCAAUACAGAUCGAUGAUGAUAGUGACAAUGGCACUGCUUUUGGUGGCGGUGGUCCGCAGAGGCGCAAGCAUCCUUGGGGGGAUGAUAUUGAUCAAUCCAGUGACACGUUCAACGUUCCGGACCCUAGCGAGAUAUUCAAUAUUCCAGAGAGGGAGGUUGCGGUGCCGGGGUUGCGAUCGGAGUUAUCUGGUAGGACAGCAAGUUUACUAGCAAGUCUCCAAAAACAUACAAAGGACGAUGCUUCUGAUGCUGGGGCACGUCCAAAACAGAAAUCGCGUGGACGUCGGGGUGUUAGCGAAGAACUGCGUGACCCUGAUGAACUGCCUGAGCCACGGAGAGGGCGCAAGCCGAAAAAAGCCACAACAAGUAAACCAGCGACUGCGGACAAAGAGACAAAAGCAAAGGAGCGAGAGGUAGCCAAAGUGCAGCGUGACCGCGAAAAGCAGCUGGAAAAGGAGCGGAAGCAGAAGAUGAAGGAGGAGAAGGCGAAAGACAAACAGUUCGCUGCUGAAAUAGCGGACGUGAACAAACUUAAGGUCGAAAAAAAGAAUUCCACACCGGAGAUGAUAAUUGACCUCUCUUCGUCAUUCAAGGAAACUGGUGUCGGCAACCAAGCACUAGAGUAUAUGCGAGCGCUUGGGGUGGAAUAUUCCUUCUUCGACAGUUCGUUCCGAAAUCUCAUCAAAUGGCGCCGAAAGAUGAAGGCCACGUACAACAAGGCGCUCGGGUACUGGGAGCCAUGUGAACUCCACAUCCAAGAAGAAGAACAUGUUUUAUACUUCUUAACAGCGCAGGAGUUUGUCGAAAUGGCCGCGUCGUCUGUUGACCCCGACACGCCAAAUGCACCGAGUGACCUAGAGGUGCAUGUUCUCCGCUUGAAAAGCGCCCAUCCACGCUGCACGGUGAUCUAUCUCAUCGAGGGCCUUACAGCAUGGAUGCGCAAGAGCGCAAACGCGCGAAACAGAGCGUAUCAAGCCGAGUUCCGCCGCAAUCUCGAGGAAGCCCAAGGGCCGUCAACAACAGCAUCAACAUCCGCCCCAUCGCGCCGCAAGAAAUCAAACAAAUCUGACUCCAUUCCACAAAUCGACGAUGAUACAAUCGAAGAUGCGCUUCUCAACCUCCAAGUCACGCACAACUGUCUCAUCCAUCAAACUGCUGCACCUCCAGAGACUGCCGAGUGGAUCAAGGUGUUCACAGAACACAUUUCAACCAUCCCUUACCGCCGUGAACGCAUAGAAGAUAACGAUUCUGCCUUCUGCAUGGAAAGUGGCCAGGUCAAGCCGGGAGAGGAUGCCUUUGAUUCUUAUAUUCGCAUGCUCCAAGAGGUCAGUCGAGUUACAGCAUCGAUGGCGUACGGAGUAGCUCGUCAGCACCCCACCGUUGUCGAUUUGAUAAGGGGGAUGCGGGGGUCUGGGCCAGGGAUGCUGGAAGAUGUUAAGAAAUCAGCAAACAAGAAUGGCGCUGUCACGGAUUCCCGUAUCGGUCCUGCGGCAAGUCGACGUCUGUACAAAGUGUUCAUGGGAAUUGAUCCGCAGUCCACGGAUAUUUGA